UAUUUUUCGCGGGAAACUGCUCCCUGGGCUGCCUAUUUAAACGGAGAAACUGCCUGCUGCCCAACGUAGAUGAGAAAAUGGCUUCCAAAACCACCUCCUCUGCUGAAAAGAGGGCCAUGGUGAAUCCCAAGGAUUUGAAGUUCACACAGCCUGACAUCAAGUCUACAUUCAAGGACGACACAUACCCUUCUGUUAGAGACACGGUUUCUUUGAUACGGCGAGGCCACUUGAGUCCUCAUGAGUUCGGCGAUCUGCAUGUCUCCAUGGAUGAUCAGGGCCGUAUGUGGUGUGAUAAUAACCGACGCCUCUUUGCCUUCAGAGAGAUUUCAUGCCUAGGAUCAGAGGCGAAGCAUCGAGGGCUCAAAUCCCACCGUCGCCCACUUCUGGGCGGAAUGCUUAUCAAAUGGAAAAGGAGCCUUCUACCUCGCCAAAUGAAGAAGAAGACAACGAUUCGACAUCGUCCUAUGAAGAUGAAGACGAAGACAACGAUUCGGCUUUACCCUAUGAAGACGAAGACAAAGGCAAUUCGGCUUUACCCUAUGAAGAUGAAGACAACGAUUCGGCCUCGCCCUAUGACGAAGACAAAGGCAAUGAUGCGGCUUUGUCCUAUGAAGACAAAGAUGAAAGAUGAAGAUGUCAACAACGAUUUGGCCUUGUCCAAUGAAGAGGAGGACAAAGACAAUGAUUCAGUUUCACUCUAUGAAGAUGAAGAUGGAGACAACGAUUCGGCCUCGCUCUAUGAAGACGCAGACAACGAUUCAGCCUUGCCCUAUGAAGACAAAGACAAAGACAAUGAUGCGGCUGUGCCCUUUGAAGACAAAGACGAAGAUAAAGAUGAAGAUGAAGACAACGAUUUGGCCUUGCCCAAUGAAGAUGCAGACAAAGACAAUGAUGCGGCCUUGUCCUAUGAAGACAAAGAAGAAGACAACGAUUUGACCUUGUGUAUUGAAGACGAAGACAACGAUUUGGCCUCGCCCUAUGAAGACAACGAUUCGGCCUCGCCCUAUGGAGAUGAAGUCGGAGACAACGAUUGGGCCUCGACCUAUCAAGACGAAGACUACGACUCGGAUUCGACCUGGUGAAGUUGAGUUCGAAAAGGAGUAACCUGGUGAAGAUGAGAUUGAGUACUGUCAUUCAUCUUACCAUUAUGAUUACGAUUAGGGUGUAGGGUUUAAUUUCUCCUUUUUUUUUAUUUAAAACUGUUGCUAGUGUUAAGACUAUUGUAGUAACUUUGGAGUGUGUGAUUGAGUCGAUUCAGUAUUCAAUGUGAACCGAAAUUAAACUGUGUGGGUUUUUUUAGUAUGAUCUAUUCUGUUAAGACUGUGUAUGCAAAAAAGUGAAUUGUUUGCUAUUCUUCUGGGAAAGCUUACUCGCAGUUGUUUAUGUUUA